AUGCUGAGUGACAACCCUCCUUCUCAGGAAGGCCUUACUCUGGCCGACCUGAUACACAAGCCGCUUCUAGUCAUGAAAAAGGUGUUUGCAAAGCAGGCUAGUGAUAUGGAAAUCCACCUGAUGUCAGAUACCGACGCCCACGGUGGCCCAGAGCAGGAAGUCCUGCCUACUAGUAAUCGCACCAAAUCUGCGUCUCCUGGCCAUCCAACCGCAUUCCUCGACGGACUGCGCGGGUUGGCUGCGUUUUUAGUUUACAAUGUACACCACAUUUCAUGGUUCUACGGUUCCACUGACGACAUCCACCACGGCUUCCUCUAUCAUGGGGAAAAAUACUUUUCGACGUUCCCAUUUGUGCGGCUGUUUUUCACCGGAGGCAGCGCUGCAGUUGCAAUUUUCUUCGUUUUAUCGGGAUAUGUGUUGAGCAGGCCUCCUCUGAACUUGCUAGUCCAUAAUGAGUUCUCCAAACUCUACUCGAAUCUCUUGUCCGCCGUGGUGCGCCGGCCAUUCCGUCUCUUCAUACCUCCCGCUGGAGUCUCUCUUGCGGUUGCAUUGAUCAUGCAGCUCCCCUUCGGUCUUGCACCACACCUUACAUGGCCGCAAGCCAAAGAGAAUGUCUUCGCCGAAUUGGCAAACUGGUUCGUCGAGUUAUGCUGGGCGCUCAAUCCAAUCAAAAAGCAUGGAAUCUUUGAGCCAUGGUUCCCCUACGACCCGCCCGUCUGGACAAUGCCUGUUGAAUUUGAAGGAUCGAUCCUUGUGUUUUCUCUCGUCGCAGUAUCUAGCCUUGUGCCACGUCGAUACCGGGUUCCUUUCCUCGUCCUCCUUGGCCUCUGUCUUUUCUUCACCUAUCAGUGGGCAAUGGCAUGCUUCGUAGCAGGCGUGGUACUGGCAUUGGGCGAUGUAGAAAGGUCUACUGGUGUUAAGGGAACCAGACGGCUCUCAAGAGAUUCGAGAAUGGCUCGGUAUCACCUCAGUUUCUUCUUCGGUUGGUGGCUGCUUUGUGAGACGGCCGGGACCCAUGAGCCAGAGAUGUCGUUGUACUCAUUUGGCUGGUACUGGUUGACCAUGCUGAUUCCGGGCAACUACUACUUCCAAGAUUACUGGCGAUUCUGGCAUACGGUGGGCGCAGUCCUGCUUGUCUAUGGGGUUCUGAGAUUGCAGUGCCUGCAAAGAUUCCUGACGACACGACCCCUGCGAUACCUUGGCAGGAUCAGUUUCUCUCUUUACCUCACGCAUAUCCCCUUUCUCUGGAUAAUGGGAGAUCGCGUUUAUCGGCUUUUCGGUGCAAUCAAAGCGGACUCGAACAUGGAAACCUGGUUUGACAACAAACUCACCAUACCAGAAGUCGGACCACAUGGAUUGUCGCUCAGGUAUGUCAUGUCGCAGCUUGUCAUCCUGCCUUUGAAUAUGCUUUUGGCGCACAUCUGUACCAUCAUGCUUGAUGAGCCGAGUGUCAAAAUCAGCCGGUGGAUUGUGUCGCGACGAUGGGGGCAGCAGAAGUCUUAA